AUGAGGCUGGAAUUGAUUAUUCUAAUAGAGCACCUCAAUCACACACUAAAAAUAAUCUUUCCCGAAAGGACUUUGAAGCGUCAUCAAAAGGUGGCGAGCCUACGAAAUUCACUAGCAAUAUACCCGGAAUAACACAUCCCCCACUUGAAAAAUUUGAACGAUUAAGUGAUAUAUCAAAAAAUAGUGAUAACGAUCAUCUUCAAAUUCAAACAGAUCUGCAACCUUAUUAUGAGAACCCAUCUCCUUCGCCAUCUUUGUACGUGCAACAGCCUUAUGAAACAUCCAAAAAUAUUGAUGGCCAUUCUCAACGUUUAAGUAAUCCAGAAGAUGAUGUUCUUUUUGAAAGAGAAUAUGUUGUGGUCGAAUCAAGACGUUCUGUUGAAGUUAACAAAUUAGCUGAUGAACUUGCCGCAUCACCUAAAUCUGCUGGAUUAAUACAACGGCAUCACAAUAAAAAUACGGCGAUUGUAUAUACUGGUCCAAGUCCACUGGAACUUCCAUAUAGAACACCAAAUAUGAACAACAAUUCAGGUUCAUUCUUUUAUUCUACCACCCCACCUUUCGCUUUACCAUUUGCUAGCUACGAAAAAGCUGGUUCGGGCAGCUUUGGAAGUGGAUCAUCAGCUCUUGCUAAAGCUUUAUCCGUUGCCUCAACCCGCUUAUUUGGAACGGGCAAUUCCCCACCUUCAUGGACUGAUAAAUAUUCAAAACAAAAAGGAAACAUGAUUACCUUUCAAAAUGAUGUGACAAUUGACCCUGAAGAGGAAGCUGUUGUCAAGAAAAUUGAAGAUUAUGCUCGUAAAGCACAUGUGGUUUAUCAAUUUGCAAAUACUAAACUUGACCUACUUUUACCACCACUACCUACCGCCAGCAGUGAGCUCAUGAAUGGUCAUGCAGUCUCAGCUGAAUCUGCUGCUAGAAUGGCACAUGAAGCAUGCGUUUUAUAUUUAAAGUCACUUUCGUUAUUGCAGAGCGCCAUGGAUAGCGCUGGAGAAUAUUGGACACGUAUUAAUGAAAAACAGCCAAAUAAUCCUGAUGGGAAAGGGGCUUCUCCUAGAUUUAAUCACGCCGUCCAAUGGGUACGUAAUCGGUUUAAUGAAUGUCUAGAAAAGGCAGAGUGCACCAAGUCUAGAUAUCUAUCAGAAGAAGAGAUGAAUGUUAAUGGAUGUUUUGUGGAGAAAUUACUAUACGAUAAAGCUUUAGAAAUGAGUCGACAAGCUGCUAUAAAUGAGUUAGUUCAUGAAGACUUACCAGGAUGUGAACGGGCAUAUAAAGCCGCUAUUUAUAUGUUAAAUGCUAUUUUAGAAAACCCUAUGGAAGACGGUGAUGCAAUUGAUGAAGAAGAUCGACUUACAUUAUUUUUUAAAUGUUCAAUAGUUAUUUUGUCAAUCAAUAAUCGAUUGAGUUCUCUUCAAAAGAAGUUGGCACAGAUGGAUGUUGUUCCU